AUCUGGACUCAAUCUAAGCGGGUUGUCCUCCUCUGUAGACUGGCAUCGUUUGUUUGUAUCCCUCAGGCUCCGUUAUCGCAGGCGGAUUCAACUUGGUUCCUGCGGUUGUUAUAGUUCGGCACCACCGCCGGAUCUGAUAGUGACUCACAAGUCCCGACUGAAAGUCAAUAGACCUCGAACCCCUUUCAUCACUCGCUCGACCUUUGCACCUUUCGUCAUAACCGGGUUCUGCGAUAAUCCAAUUUUCGAACCGUCUCAGCUAUCAUCACACCAAGCCAGUCAUGGGUUCAAUCGCGCAGACAGUACGAGAGCUUGAUGCCUCGACCGUCAAGGUAACUCGGUCCACCAACCUGCGUCUGGUUCCUGAACCCGGUUCCCCGGAGGAACUCAGUCACUCGCACUGUACAGACCACAUGGUCACCGUCAGAUGGACCGUCAACAAUGGAUGGGAGACCCCUGAAAUCAAACCAUACGAGAAUCUCAGCAUUCCCCCGACCGCCGGCUGCCUGCACUAUGCUACGGAAUGCUUCGAGGGCAUGAAGGUGUACCGAGGAUACGACGGCAAAUUGCGUCUGUUCCGGCCAGACUGCAAUGGCGAGAGACUUGUCAUGAGUGCCCAGAGAACUUCUUUGCCCACCUUUCGGUUUGAGGAGCUCAAGGUGCUUAUCGCCAAGUUGAUGCAGAUCGAUGGACCCCGCUGGCUCCCCAAGGACCAACCCGGUCGAUUCCUUUACCUUCGUCCCACUUUGAUCGGCAGCGGCCCUCAUCUGGGCGUGCAAACACCCAAAGAAGCCCUUCUCUUCAUUAUUGCCGUGCCUUGGCCUGACCCGUCCAAGAAGCCCGUCGAGCCUGGCACCAAGCCCGGCCUGAAGCUUCUCGCCUCCCGCCCUGAAACCAUCCGUGCCUGGCCUGGUGGCUUCGGUUACGCGAAGCUCGGAGCUAACUAUGGCCCUUCCCUGUCAGCUCACGGUCAAGCUCAAGCCUUGGGCUUUGACCAGGUCCUCUGGCUGUUCGGAGAGGACCGCCAAGUGACCGAGGCCGGCGCCAGCAAUUUCUUCAUUGUCUGGGAGAACAAGGAUACCGGCAGACUCGAGCUCGUCACCGCACCCCUUGAGAACCAGCUUAUCCUCGCCGGUGUCACCCGUCGCAGCGUGCUGGAGCUGGCGCGGUCAAGAUUGGCCAAGCCUGUCGGAAGCCUUGCACCUGUUGAUGUUGUGGAGAAGGCGCUUACCAUCGGAGAUGUUGAGCAGGCCUGGAAGGAAGGGCGCAUUGUUGAGGCAUUCGUCUCCGGCACUGCUUACUUUAUCACUCCUGUGAAGCUCGUCAGGAACGGUGAUCUCGACAUGGACAUGGUUGAUGCGGGCAUUGAGCGUGCAGGAUACGCUGCCCAGAUCAGAUCUUGGUUGGACGCCAUCAUGUAUGGCAAGGAGAACCAUGAAUGGUCUUAUGUGAUUGAAGGAGAGGUCGAAAAUUAAGGUGGAUGCAUCCCUUUUUUUGCCAAUAGACAUAGACUCAAAGUGACAAAAGUGUUGCAUGCGGGAUGAUUGUUAGAACGGUGUUUCCAUGCUGAGCACGCCAGUUUUCUAUACAUAUGUACCGAGCUUUAGCUCUUGGAAUUGUAAAUACCC